ACUAUGAACAUGUAAGCGCCCAGUCUCCCCGGACCUGGACAUGCGCGUGAACGUUCGUGAACAGCCCGAGUAACGGUGAGUAUCAUGAUAUCGUUUACUCCUACCAACUCUUAGUGUAUUUAGAUACACCUCCUUUAUCUAUCAGCGCAUAUGUCGCUAGCCUAUCGCCAGUCAAUCCGCUUAUCAGUUUCAUAUCCUUGCCUAAGUAUUAUUCUAACAAGUCGACAGCGCGGAAUCCAGAUGCGCCACAAUUAUUUAGAUCUUCAAUUCUACUAUGGGAAAGAACUUGGACCUCGCAAGCGUAACAAGAAUGUCAUUGAGAACAACCGUGUUGUCGUAGACGUCCCCCCAUUAGAAGGAGGAAAGGACUUUAGGCUAUAUUUUGAGAUUGACGGUGAUGAACAAGUUUCCCUCCUCCUUGAUAUUGAGGUCAACAAUCACGUUGUCGAAAGAAUUGCGAUGGGCAGUUCUGUCAAAUAUGAAUAUCAACCUGACAGGUUGACGCAAUUCAUGAAUGGUGACAUCGAGAGAAGUAUGCGUGGUAUGCAGCAACCAGGAGAUGUUUUCAAAUGUACCGUCCACUUCAAGUUCCGAAGACUGCGCUUUUUGAAUGAAAAUCACCAGGACUUCUUCGGCCUUAAUCGUUUCGUGACACACCUGGAUGUUGUGCCGUCUCCAACGGCCAUAAUGAGACAAUUGAAACAGUCUCUUCAGCUUCCCAAGAACAACUAUGUUGUAAUCGCGGAUCAUGAAAAUGCCUUUGUCUUUGAGGCGCUCUACAGACUUCAGAUCCGCAAACCUAAUCCUGCAUCGGGUCGAGUGAAGCUCAGCGUAAAAACAAGAAAGGCUUUGGCAAACGUACGGACGGAGUUGGAGGCGGAGCAAAGUGACGUUCGGAACCAACUUGAUGAGACAACGCAACAGCUUCGGAGAGCGCAAUCUCAAAUCGAAGCUUUGCUCAGGGAAAAUGACGCUUUGAAGGCCGGAUUGGGCUUGCAACUUAAACGAAAGCGUUCGAUAGAGGAACGACCGAAUCUUACGGCGAAGUUCCGUCAUCUCUCAAUUGCGGAGUCUUCUCGGACGCGCGAUAAUGAUAUUGAUGUUGAUUGAAUUGCAAGAGUCAUGUUCUCUACCUCUUUGGCAGUUGAAAUGACGUGGAGUUGUCUACUAGCUAUUUGUUCAGUUUUUGUUUAUUUCUCGACACGAGCAGUGGUCCUCUAGGUAUGAAGAUAUAUCCACCAUCAUUACUCCUUGCUUUCGCAGAUUUGGGCACCGAAUUCUGUCAUAUUUGAACGUGUUGUAUAAGUAAGAUUUCCUUAAGGUAUGUUGGUUCCUAAUCGAACUUAUGAAUCUCAUGAAACG